AUGCAUAGUGGGCGACCGUCAUCCGGUGAUCGCGCUCGAAUUCGACGCGCCAUGCAUACCUCUCGUCGACAAACCACCGAGGUGGGCUACAUAUCUCCCCUUCCUUUGUCGUCAUCAACACCUCCUUCAAGCUCUCCUGCGGAUCCUCUCAGAAGUCAAAGUCAACCCCCUUCUAGCGACGCGUCAGCUCAAGUAUGUGGAAUUGGUCUUAUCUCCAUUUUCAUAAAUUUUCUUCAGGGUGGAUUAUCCAGACAACGCAGCGGUGAAGGUCUCCUUCACACCGAAUCGACGAGCUACAUGAAUGCGCGUGUGUCUACAGUGGCGGCACCAGCUUCACCUUGCGCCAUUAGCACCGGUGGUGGUGCCAGCCACUUGCGAGCGCGCUAUCGAUCCGCCUCUUCGAUAUCCUCCACCUCCGGCCAGCGACGCUCAACCGAUUUCGGUGUUGGGGGAGCUGGGAGCCUCCUGGGUAGUGAGGACUCUUCCGCCUCCGAAUUCCAUCCCAUCGCACCCCGGGAUAAUGGCAGUGGCGGAAUGGAAGGUGGAGCGUUGCGACGCAGCGAGGGUAUCGGAGGUACUGGUCCGCUUCUCUCUUCCCUCGCCAUCCGUACUCGACACGCAUCAGCCGAAGCACCGCCUUCACCACCACCAGAAUCACCCAUCGUCUUUCGUCUGCGACAGGAAAGUGCCGCUGCUUUGAAUCCUCUAGCCGCCGCCAAAAAAUCCAUUGCCGUAAAUCAUGAUCCCGAAUCCGACCACGACUUGUACCCCAGUGAGGGCUCUCGUUUGCCCUUUCGUGGUGAGGAUCAAAUGCAGCGUGUCUUCCGCAACCUGAACGAGAUGAGACGACAAAAUCUCCUCUGUGACGUUGUCCUCAAAGCCGGUAGUGUGGAGGUACCCGCACACAAGAACGUCCUGGCUGCCAGUUCACCAUAUUUCCGCGCCAUGUUCACCGGAGACAUGACGGAGAGUCGGGCUCACACUGUCACCAUUGGCAACAUCGAUGGGACUGCUUUGGGCCUUCUUGUCGAUUUCAUCUAUACUGCUGAAGUUCUCAUCACAGAGGAGACUGUUCAGUGCCUUCUACCAGCAGCCAAUCUCCUCCAGUUGACCAGCGUUCGCGAGGCCUGUUGUGAGUUCCUUCAAUGCCAAUUGCAUCCUACCAACUGUAUUGGCAUUCAACGCUUCGCUGACAUGCACGACUGCUCGGAAUUGCUGCAAGUCAGUCGUCGCUUCACUGAACAGCACUGUGGGGAAGUGUUGGAGCACGGAGAAGAGUUUUUGAGCCUGAGUAAGGAACAGUUAAUCAGUUUAAUCUCAAGCGAUCACAUUCGCGUGUCGGAGGAGCAGGUGUUUGAGGCUGUAUUGCGAUGGAUGCGGCACGAUCCCGCAGUGCGUGGUACUCCUGAAGUCGCCGCAGAGGUAUGCGGUCACGUGCGCUUCGGUCUGCUGCCACGGGACUACCUCAUUCGACUGUCCUUGUCGGAGGAGUUCUUACGCGCCAAUCCCUGGUGUAAAGACUUUCUUCUCGAGGCUAUGGGCUUCCUCCUUUUGCCAUGGGAGCAGAGACGGCGAAAUAUCACCUCUGAGCGUACCCGACCUCGCAGCAUUGGUGUCCCUAAGACCCUCUUAGUCCUCGGCGGGCAGGCACCAAAGGCGAUUCGUUCGGUGGAGAGCUAUGAUUUUACCGGAGAUACGUGGACAAGAGUAACAGCGACGAACGGCAGCGAUAGUGUCGGCGCCAUUAGCGACCUCCCCACUCGUCGAUGUCGUUGUGGCGUCGCCGUAGUCGGUGGACUAAUAUACGUAAUCGGAGGCUUCAAUGGGGCCUUGCGAGUCCGCUCCGUCGAUAUCUAUGACCCCGUUAGAAAUACGUGGCGUGCUGGACCCAGUCUCGAGUGUCGACGCUCAACUCUAGGCGUUGCUGUUCUUGACGGCGUAAUCUAUGCUGUCGGUGGCUUUAAUGGAACCCAUGGUUUUGCGUCGGUGGAAGCUCUAGAUCCCUGGUUGGGAGCAUGGAAAUCCGUCGCUCCAAUGUCCGUUCCUCGCUCUUCCGUCGGUGUGGGCGUUCUCGGGAGACGACUCUACGCUGUCGGGGGUUACGAUGGAUCCAGCAGGCGGUGUUUAUCAUCCGUGGAGUGCUAUAAUCCCCUUACAAAUCAGUGGUCGACCAUUGCAGACAUGAAUCAUCGAAGGAGUGGACCCGCAGUUGCCGAUUUGGCAGCAAGAAUUUACGCCGUUGGUGGCCACGAUGGACUGCUUGUGCGAUCCUCUGUCGAAUACUUUGAUCCAAGGGUUGGUGUGUGGUGUAGUGUUGUAGAUAUGCAUUACGCCCGCCGAAAUGCUGGACUGGUAUCACACAAUGGCAUGCUUUAUGUGGUGGGUGGAGACGACGGAUCAGCAAGUCUGGACACCGUUGAGACGUACGACCCGAACCUGAACGCAUGGACCGUCCUCUCUGGCCGAUUAAAUACCGCCCGAUGCUAUUGCGGGGUAGCUCUCAUCGACUGCGUCGCACAGGUGGCCAACACCUAA